AUGUCUCGCAAAUCGAGUCGCAAUGCCUAUGCGCCGAUUGGCGCGGCGCCAAACCCAUUGGAAAUUGACCAUGCUUCUGGACACAAAAAGUCCAAAAGGAAUCAGCCUCGAUUAGACCAGUCGAGCAAUACCUAUACAGAGAGACCUACACCGAAAAAUUCCUCGCCGAAGCACGGAGGAGGACAAGCUUCCUGCAGCACAUCCAGCGACGAUGACGCCGAUGGAGAUGUCAGCAAUUUGGACGCUGCCGAGCCUGAUGAAGAGAGUGACGACGAUGGGGAGGGGGAUGCAUUUGCCCUGUCUGGUCGCGCCAUCAAGGGGGAUGGAGAUCAGGCGGGGCGUAGCAAAGAAGACGUUGGCGAUCGCGAAUCAACCUUUGAGGGAAAGAAGAGCCAUGGCCCCACCGCUUCCAAGGGCAAAACUAAAAUCACGAAAGCGAGACCUACCUUGCGCGAUUCUGAUGACGAUGUCUACAAUCGUGUUGAUCUGAUCAGCGACUCAGAAGAGGAUGAGCCCAAUGUCGAGCAAUUGGAGGAAAGGAACAUUAUUGAAUCAGAGGAGGCUGACGGUCUCAACACUGAGCCAGCAUACCUUGAUGCAUCGGAUGGAUGGGAAGGAUUCGAACUCGAAGACGGCUUAUUCCUCGAGGAUGUUCCGUACUUUGACGAACGGUAUGGCCGCACUGAUUCGAACAUUCUCGACAGUGAGAUGGAGCUCUUUCAAUCGGCAAGCAUCUUCGAUGGAUUUCCCUCGCCUCCGCCACCAUCGCCAUCCCCUCGUCGGGUUCGCUUCAAGGAGCCAAUCUCGCAAUUAUCGAACGAUUCCGAUAUGGACUCGGAUCGCGGAGACAUCAACGUUCUCUUCUCUCCUGUUGUUACUCCUACUGUACCAUCAGGUGGGGAUCUGGACUUGGGUGGCCCAUAUUUGGAUUACGAAGACGACGAUGGCAGCUCUGUUGGAAGCUCCAGCGGGUACGAAACUGAUUAUGGCGACACCACUGAUGAAGAAGAUGUUCCAGCUUCUGCAACCAAACGACCACAGUCACUUCUUCGUCAGCCAUCGCUGUCGUCGCUGGAGCUCGAGGCUCAAGUUCCUGCCACGCCAGCAGCAAAGGGUCCAUUCACAUUCCCUGGAACUCCUGCCGGAUAUCGUCGUGGCCCACGCAUGGGUACCUGGAUAGUCGAUUCCACCAAACCAUGUGCGGUCAUCGACAGCACUGCCAACAGUAUCAUAAGCACUGCGAACGCAAGCCCGAUUGUUUCGCAGCCGACGUUGGGCACUGCACCAGAUGGCAAUGGCAUUGACCCCAGUAGCUUUCCAAGUCAAGCCUCCAUGUACGAGUAUAAUGAUCCAGUACUUGGACCGGGCUCUGAUAUUGUGGCGGCUUCCGCUCCUCUUCCGGCUGGCCACAGCCGACAGCCUUCGAUGGAUCAUUCAUUUGCUGCAUCGUCUGUCUUCGUUCCCAUGGAUGCAAUGGGUAAUGUCAGCUCUUUUUUCGAAGACGACGACCUGAACGACGAUGAUGACGACGACGAUGCUCUCUUGAAUAUCGAUGACUUCAUUGAUUUUGGCGACGACUCCUCAGAGGACGGAGACCAAGCUGCAGGCGAUGAUUCGGCUCUAACAUCACCUGUCACAACGGAAGGUCCUGGCCCGGUCCAAUUAAAGACACCGUCGCCUGAUGCUACUAUGGCUUCAGACGACCUUAUGAAACACCUCGAUAGGCACAUCGUGUCUGCAUUCCGUCGCGGACAGCCUCAUCACCAACCUCAACCGCGUCCUCGUCAUGGUAACUUGUCGUUGAACAGCUACGCACUCAAGGGUGGAAGGCAAGCUGCUGCCAAUGCUCCGAUGGGCCCUCAGAAGAAGCGCAAGAUGAGUGGGAGCUUCGGCCAUCGUCCAUCGUUUGGGGUUCCCGCUGCCAAGAGGAGAAUGAUUCAUCAUCGCUGA